AUGGUCAAGGUCAGUCGCCUAUAGUACCGCACUAGCGGUCGUGGAGGUCGCUGCUAAUCCGAUGGUCGAUCUCGGCAGGCUAUCAAGGACGUCCAGGACGAGCGAAAGUAAGUUCCGCCCUCUCGCCAUGCUAGUAAACUCUAGGGGGCAGAUCGCUGAUACGGCCACGACCCGUCCUUUUCUGCCAGUCAUCAGUCGCAAGUCCAUUCUGCGUGCCCCGCCCCCUUUUUGUGUCUGCCUUGAUCACGCGCGGACGAUCCGCACCACUUUCGCAGCCGACGUCAGCCGUCGAUGCUGUCAUGGCCGAAUGCUGAUUCAAAGCUAUGCUGGACCCUUCCAACAGUGCCACGGUCUAUGGAGGCUUGCGAGCGGGUGCGAUCGGACUUGGUCUCGGCGCUGUGGGCUCCAUCGCACUACAACGCAGUGGCGUCAAGGCGUACAGGAGCCUCACCCUGCCGCUCAAGGCGUUUGCUCUCACGUGAGGUGGCACCCGAUCUGCUCCGUCAUCAUUGGACCAUCAAGACCUCUUCGCUGAAUGAAUCCGCUUUCGGUGUUGAACAGUUCCGUCACGACAGCAGCGUUCAUCAUCGGAGCCGAUAGCGCGUCACGAGAGUAUGAGCUCGCAAAGUACUCGAUCGGAUCCGACAGCGAUCUCGCGAGGGAAGCGAGGCAAGGAAUGCAAUUGGAACGAGAGGCGGGUAUCGCGGGCGAGAUGCAAGACAGUCGACCAACACUCAGCACGCGCGAUGCUUUGAUUGACUUCGGCAAGACCCAUCGUUACGGUGUCGUCUUUGGAGCGUGAGUCGGCCGUGGGACCUAUUCCGUCGUCGCAUUUAGAUGCCGAUAUUGACUCCAUUGCGACUCUUGAAAUCAUUUCCUGCUAACUGGGUCUUGAUCUUGACAGAUGGGCGGCUUCGAUGGUGGGAUCCUUUGGAUACAUCAGCAUGACCCCCCUCAGCUUUGCGCAAAAGUGAGCUCGCCAUGCAGCCCGAAAAUGUUGCCAACGAAUCUGACCAGCGUUCUACGAUGAAACGAUAGGCUUGUCCAAGCUCGAAUGGUCGCUCAAGGAUUGACUGGUAAGCUCCUUUUGGAAGUAACAACCUGUGGAUGAAUUACCUCAACCUCAUCGUUUCCGCCUCCCUCGCAGUCGCCGUCCUCAUCGCCAGUGCCGGCUUAUCGGCGAUCCCGAGCACCGCAAGCGGAGAAAGUGAAGAUCAGGUCAAGCGCCGCGAGAGGGAAGAUUCCAUGUUCCGAUGGAAGAAGGGGAGUCAACACGACUUGGAGCACUCGGCUUCGUUGACCAAGUAG